UUUUUUGUGUGUGUGUGAAGAGUUGGACAGUUCACACUGAAUUUCAAUCACUUAAAACAUUUCCCGGUACCUUGCCCGUACCCAUCAGCGUCAUUACCACUUACACGUUGAUGACGAAGAAAGAACUGCCCUCUCAAUCCUGAGACUCCUUGUCCAAGUUUUUAUGUGCUCAUUACUCAAGUAAUACUGAUUGGACACUUUAAUUCACAGGAGAUUUCCGGAGUACACCAGGAGAGUACAGGCUUUUGAUUGGUUUUCAAAACGCAAAAGAUCGCCUUUAUUGGACACCGCCUGGGUUGUCGCUUAUUCACAUAAGCACGUUUUCCAAGUAGCUGACCCCUCACACCAUUAAUUACUGAAACUUAAAACAAAUUAGCUGUUAAAACAGAUAAGGCAUUUCUAAACCUCACGCUCUGCUUGCUUGUUCCCCGGACAUAAGCCCGGACUCUGGGAACGUGGGGGCUGUGGUAGCCACAGCACUGCUGCCCCUGGCAGCCACGAGCUGUUCGUGAUGCUGGUAGCAGGAGCCGGUGUGAUCUGAUAGUCCUGCCGACCUCACUCAAGAAAGCAUAUACCUAUCAGAACUUAAAGCCUCGCACAACCCCAGCUGUAUGAUUGAUGACACUCCUCACUUGUUUAAGGAUGAGGUCAGAGUCGAAACAAAGCGUUUCCUUCUUUGCUGAAUGCCAGUCGCAGGACGUGGAUGCCUGGAGACGAGUGGUACCCAGGUGGCCUGGGGAGGAGGGGGCAGCAGGAGCGCCCCACAUUCUUCUGUCCAUGUUCUGGCUCCAUCUCUGGUUGUCUGUCUGUAUCCGAAAUGCAUAUAUAUUCUGAAACCAGGUCGCUUGCAGUGUUUGAAUGUUGAGAAGCCAUGCCGUCCUGCGCGCCGUUCCUCGUGCUGCUGUGCGGCGCCCUGGGCGCGGCCCGGGCCGCCCGCAUCGUCAUCGUGCCACCCAUCAUGUUUGAGAGCCACGUGUACAUCUUCAAGACGCUGGCGGCGGCGCUGCACCAGCGGGGCCACCGGCCGGUGCUGCUGCUGUCGGAGGGCCGCGAGCUGGCGCCGUCGCCGCACUACCGCCUGCAGCGCUACCCCGGCGUCUUCAACGGCUCGGCGGCCGACGCCUUCCUGCAGGACAAGAUGCGCAGCAUCUUCUCGGGGGCGCUGACGGCCAUCGAGCUGUUCGACAUCCUGGACCACUACGUGCGGAACUGCGACCUGGUGCUGGGCAACCGCGGCCUGGUGCGCGCCCUGCGCCGGCAGCGCUUCGACCUGCUGCUCGUGGACCCGAACGACAUGUGCGGCUUCGUGCUGGCGCACCUGCUGCGCGUGCAGUACGCCGUGUUCUCCACCGGCCUGUGGUACCCCGCCGAGGUGGGCGCGCCCGCGCCGCUCGCCUACGUGCCCGAGUUCAACUCGCUGCUCACGGACCGCAUGGGGCUGCUGCAGCGCGUCAAGAACGCGGGCGUGCACCUGGUGUCGCGGCUGGGCGUCAGCCUGCUGGUUCUGCCCAAGUACGACCGGCUGCUGCGCAAGCACGGCCUGCGGCCCGCCACGUCCAUGCACGAGCUGGUGCGCGGCCCCAGCCUCUGGAUGCUGUGCACCGACGUGGCGCUCGAGUUCCCGCGGCCCAGCCUGCCCAACGUGGUGUACGUGGGCGGCAUCCUGACCCGGCCCGCCAGCCCGCUGCCCCAGGACCUGCAGAGCUGGGUGAGCAGCGCCGGGGCACAUGGCUUCGUCCUCGUGUCCUUUGGAGCGGGGGUCAAGUACCUGUCGGAGGACAUCGCCGGCAAGCUGGCCGGAGCUCUGGCCAGGCUACCCCAGAAAGUGAUUUGGAGGUUUUCUGGGCCCAAACCAAAGAAUCUGGGGAACAACACGAAGCUCAUGGAUUGGCUGCCGCAGAACGACCUGCUGGGCCAUUCACGUAUUAAAGCCUUCCUCAGCCACGGCGGCCUGAACAGCAUCUUUGAAGCCAUGUACCACGGCGUGCCUGUGGUGGGCGUCCCGCUGUUCGGGGACCAUUACGACACGAUGACGCGAGUGCAGGCCAAGGGCAUGGGGAUCCUGCUGGAGUGGAAGACGGUCACCGAAGGAGAGCUGCACGAAGCCCUGGUGAGGGUCAUCAACGAGCCCAGGUGAGCGUCCUGUCAGGCUGAGGGUGGGCAGGACGCACCGGCCACAGCGUGUCACCCACCACCUGUGGUGCCAGCAGCUGAUGGUGGAGCAGCCAUGGAGCUGUCCUCAGGCCCUGCGGGGACUGCCCUGCACUUGGGGAAAUGAAAGUAGCCGUCCUUUGCCCAGCGUGUUUGACCUUGAAGCAUAUUCUACCGGGAUUAGCCAGGCUCCGUGGGAGCGUCCUGGUCCCCGCAGCGUGGCAGACUUGUGUCCUCCUCUCAGUGUGACACUCGUAAUGACCGUAUGGCCCAUUGCCGUCAUCCACACUGUGGAGACGAGGCACCUGACACCAAGGCCACGGCUCUCGGAGCAGAAACCGAGCCGGGACUGACUCGAGCGCUGGGGCCCUGCCCUGGGUGUCACGGAAACCCCGAGGUCCACACAGGUCAAUGGCUAGUGAGAAUUUUUAAAAAAUUUGUGGCGUGUCUUGAGUCGACCCAGUUCUCAGCGGAGUCUCAGAGGGUGGCGAGAUUGCCUUUAGGGAAAGCUACCGUUUCCCGUUUCUGCGUGGCAUUUCAGUGAUCCUGUGUGUCAGGUGACACCAGUUCGGGAGAGUGUAAGCGUUCCCUGUUCCUACCUGGGGGACAUGGCAGAGCCUGGGCGUGAGAACCACAGCUGUGGUCUGAGAACGCCGACGGUAGGACAGAGUCUUUGGUGUGAAGUCACAGAAAAGCUGCCUUCCAGCACUCUGAGGUUUGUCAUGCCGCCUGUGGGCUCGAGGUCCUCCAUGCGCUGACCCCACCAGGACCAGCGUGUUGGCCGUGGCUCUGGCACUUGGAGCUGUCUGUCCUGUGACCCAUCCAUGGCCCUCAGUGCCCCUUUUUGAGCCCAGUGUCCUGCAAAUGUGCUGUCCUUAUGGAAAAUGACACCAGUCAUGCGGGUUCUAUUGUAGGACAGUGUGUAAAGCGCAGCUGUGAAGUCGGGUCUGGGGAGAUUCACAGAGCUGCUCCGGUGGUGGCUUAUGCAGAGAGGUGACCCCCAGGUCACCAGCCUGCUGUAUCCCCUGCAGACCAUGGUCACGUCGGACAUGGCCACCCUUAGGUCAGUGCUGUGCAGUCCAGUGGGGCAGCCUUCAAGGAUGCAAACCGCUUGAUUUCAGAAUAUGUUUUCUUUUGUGUGGUGCGUAAAUUUAUACCCUUGCACAAAGUAUGCAAAUGAGAUCAAUAAUAUUUAGAGAAAGGCUCUUUGUACAUUCAGAGUGGGAGGGUCUCGUAUUCAGAUGAUUUAGGUGACGUGGGCUUUGCUACCAGUCGCUGUAUGUGACGAUUUUCCAGUGAACACGCAGUGAUACUGUAAAGGCGGACUUGCUCCGCUGAUACUGGCUGAGCUGCUUCUGUUAAAAUCAUGUAGCCAGUAUGACUCGGGAAGCAUUGGUGUUAUUUUUUUACCCAGAACUUUAAGGAAAUCCCUUGUUGCACAUCUUUUGAACCGUCAUCUGCCACUCUUCCUGUCUGUAAGCCUGUCCCCAAAGCUCUAACUUCCUGGCUCCUCAGUUCUGAGAACCAGGCUGUGUGUUUGUCCUUGUGACACCCACGAGCGACACUCACCUUCCUCCAGUCUCACCUCCACCCAGACAGCCCCAAACGUCACGCUUGUCCCCAAGGCCUUUGUCCUGGGCACAUUGCUGCUCUCCCGCCCUCGUCACUCAGGUCGCACUCUUCCACAAGUCCAGACGGGUCCCCUGCGAGGCACAGCUGUAGGGCCACAUCCUCCAUGGUGUCUUUUGUCACCGGGAGGAAGUCCUUUGUGAUGUUGGAGCAGGCCCAGCUCCUCCCAGGGUCCGUGCCCACAGGGGCUGUGGCGUGUGUGCAGGGCCGGCACACAGAUGUGCAGCUGCGUGUGUUAGAACGUUCACAGUGUUUCAGUUCCUGCGGUUAAAGGGUUUGUAUCGACUGUUUAGGAGGCCGUUGUCUUGACGCUGCCGCAGUGCCCGCGGGUAGAUGUUGCGUGUUAUGGAGCUCGCAGUGCCACGCAUGCUCAGUGCAGCUCUCAGCGCCUCGUCCUCCGUUAGCAAACGUAAUGGCCUCGCAUCGUCACUUACAUGUCACUGCUACAAGCAGGUGUCGGGACACGGUGUGCGUUUCGCGCCCAGCGUGUGAUGACUCGCGCAUUCCUGGCCGAGCUCGGUGACUAGGCAGUGGUGUUUGCAAGCGCGUGGCGUUGGAGGCAGCGCGGGCUUCGCGGUCGGACGGGCUGCGCCUCCCGCCAGGGCCUGGGUCUCCGGUUGCAUGUUCCCCACCGUCUUAGGUCGUGUUUCCUCGUGUCCACAUGCGCUGAUGUGACACGCUGCCCGGCACGCAGCA